AUGUUCCACAAUGCCAACAGCAUUUUAACAGCCAAGUUGCAGGAACGAGAGAGCAAGGUGGGGCUGCAGGUGCAACUUAAUGAUUAUGAGGUUGCGGCGGAGCAGAUUGGAGACAUUGUGGAGCGCAGGACCAAGAGGAGGACGAGGGGAUGUCAGCAGAAAGGCAGGGCAGCUGAUCGAUCCACUCCCCUGGAAGUUACUGAGGAUGUGGAGGAGAGGAGACGGCCCUUCCUGUGGGAGUCAGGCAGUAGGAGGCGCUCUACCCUGGUGGGACCCAUGUUCCGUGCUGCGGCGGGAGGUGGAGGGGAUGCAGAGCGUAGGGGGAGGAGGCUGACGGAGCACAGGAGGCGCUCCACCCUGCUCCUCGGGCUGUUUUCCGAGGAGCAGGAGAGGCUGAGGGAGCUGGCCCAGAGAGCCCUGGAGGAGGAGCGCCGGGGUCAGCACGCACGGCCACCUGCCUUCGACGCUGAACUCUUCUACACAGUGUACAUGGAGAGGGAGGACGGAAACUUUGCCCUCUUCAAUUAUGUAUUGGAGCAGAGCAGAAUGAUUGAGGAGACAACCAAAGACUUGGAGCAGUUGAGACAAAGUAUUGAUGAAGAGAAAGCUGCCACUGAGAGACGUCUGAGCAGGGAGAGAGCCAGAGACCUAGAGCUGAAGCGCCAACAUACCGUCCAGUCCUCUGGAAAACUCCAAACAGAUGUGGAAGAGUACAGGAGGAUCCUUAGCCUUGUCAAAUCAGGACAUGACAGAUGCCCGUGUCCACGCCAGCAUUUGGCUGGUCCAUCUGAGCCCGCUGGCUCGCCUGCCCUCACCAUUACAGCUCUCCAACACAACAAGCCAGCCGUGGUGAUGGACUGCACCUGUCAGCCCUAUGACUAA